UUUGCCGUUAUUAUUGAAAUGGGCCUUUUGCCCAAGUUUCGUUCAAUAUAGAAUAAAGGUCACUGCUAAUGAUAUUGAUCUCAAUCCAAUGGCCCAUUUCAAUUUCCAAACCGACUCACGGCCCAGUAAUUACUGUCUGCGUCGUUAGAUCAAUGACUCGUGAAACACGAAAACUCAGAGCUCUCUUCGUAACUCACAAGUCGCCUGAGGCUUCACUUCCACUGAUCGUCAGCCAUGGCCAUGCAAGCUGGAAUAGGAUUAUCGAGGAUAAUCCUUGUACUCGGAGCAGGUUAUACGGGGACCAUACUGUUGAAGAAUGGGAAAUUAUCAGAUGUGUUAGGUGAGCUGCAGAGUUUGGUCAAAGGCAUGGAGAAAUCGGGUGAGACUGAUGGUGAAUCUGGUUAUUCUGAUGCCAUUGCCGCCCAGGUUCGCCGACUAGCCAUGGAGGUUCGCCAGCUAGCUUCAUCAAGGGAGAUCACUGUUCUGAAUGGGAACUCUGGCCAAAGUAACUUAACAUCUCUAAUAGUGCCGGCUGCUUCUUUAGGAGCCCUGGGUUAUGGAUAUAUGUGGUGGAAGGGUCUUUCAUUCUCGGACCUGAUGUAUGUAACAAAGCGCAACAUGGCUAAUGCUGUGUCAAACUUGACAAAACAUCUGGAUCAUGUCUCCGAUGCUCUAGCUGCGGCAAAAAGACACUUGACUCAGAGAAUUGAAAACUUGGAUGGGAAACUGGACGAGCAAGUAGAAGUUUCUAAGUUAAUUAGGAAUGAGGAUGGCAAGCUGCUCUCUUUAGAAGGCAAACAGGAGCUUGCAAAUGCUGGGGUAAUGUACCUGUGUAGCAUUGUUAAUGGAAGGAAGGUCAAAAUGCCGGAGAAAAUUCAGGAUCAACUUAAAAUUGCUGGAAACUCGGCACCAACUAUAAUGGGUCUGAAAGAGAUUGCCGAUUCUCUUCUAUUAACAGAUGGAAAUGUGAAGAACACAGACUAAAAUUAUGCGGUACACUUGGUUGAAAUGUGUUACGUGCUCGUUGGAUAUAAAGUGGUUUCAAGUUUUCUUCUCUUUUUUUAACUAUUGGCACUGUAACUCUGUUUCGGUUUAAUCUCGGAGUUCUUUUGGCAUCCUCUAUGUUUAAGAACAAGUAACAAGUAUGUUCUGCUUUUGUAAUAUGCUCGAUUAUCAUUUCUGAAAAAGUAAAUUGCAUAUAUUUACGAUGUUUUUUUUUUUUUAAAAAAAAACAAAAAAACAAAAUUUGGUAGGUUAACCUGUGCAAUUUGUCCUAAUAUACUAGUACGUAGUGUUAUGUGUGGAUCCAGGGCUCCAAAGCUUGAUCUAGUUGAACCCCA